AUGGCGACCAAGAUGACGAAAGAAGGCCACUUUCAAGUUGACAUUGACAUUCCUCCAACCAUUGAGUCCUGCGGUGGAUCGCUUCACUCUGAGGAUGACUCUGAGCCGUUCGUUGACAACACUGAGGGUAACUUGUUCAGCGAUGACUCUGAGAAGAUAGCUAACGAAAACGAAAACAACGGUCCCAUCUCCAAGCGUGACAAAGCCUUUGAAGGCAAAUGGAAGGGACUCGUCUCAUUCAUGCUCUUUGCCAACGCGCUCAUCAUCACUGGAUCUACCUAUGCGUUCCUCAAUGCCAACGAACAGCAAGACUUUGUCGCCAGUUUUGAAAGACACGCUGGAGCCAUUGUGGACAAGUGUCAUUACCACGCUAGCUCCGUGGCAGUCACAUUUGAGAGUGUCAGUGACUCCAUCACAUCCUACGUCCAUGAUUCAGGAUCACAGUGGCCCUUUGUCACGGUCAGUGACUUUGAAGUGCAUUCCAUACAUACGCGGGAAGCGUCCUUUUCCGAGUUGGUUGGCUUUGUACCGCUCAUACCCAAUGCAAGGCGCAUGAAACAAUGGGAGACCUAUGCAGCAGAACACGUCGACCAGUGGUUGACGGAAUCGAGAUUGACACAGGUCAAAGUCAACCCGGGGCCUCGUCCGGCAGUGGACAAGGACUCGCGAGAAAGUGGAGACAACGGCAAUCGCACUGCAGUACCCGAAGCUGCCACUGCCACUGCCAGCAAUGAAACAACCCGAAUGCUCCAGCAAAACCAAACUGAUCAAACCCCACAGACUGCCACUGGACCUUUUGCGCCGAUCUGGCAGCUUUCACCACCGCCAACCAGCAAGGAAAUGAUUGGAUUUGAUCUAUUGACGCACGACAUUCUAGAGAGACUCUUGUUUGCCAUGUGGGAGACUCAGAACAUGGUCCUGUCGCCCGUCAUGGAUGUGUCCUUUCUGACAGAAUGGACACCGAGGAAUAGCCAACAACGAGACUUGAACGCAACGUCACCGCGAUCCGUGGUCUUUCAACCAAUCUACGAAGAACACAACUUUCACGAUGAGAAUUCAAACAUGGAGGCCCCUCGCCUCCAAGGUCUUUACUUUGGUGUCCUCGCUUGGGAAUCGUACUUGGAAGGACUCGUCCCAGAGGGCGUCAAGGGGAUCUAUUGCGUCGUUCGCAACGAUUGUGGGCAGGACUAUACAUUUGUAAUCAACGGAAAAGACGCAGUGUUCAUCGGAGAGGGAGACCAUCAUGAUCCUCGAUACGAUGCAAAUGAGGUCUCCACACAAUUCUCAGAGUUAGAAUAUCAGGACCAAUCCUCCUCGACCGAACAACCCAUUGACGACAACUUUCAUUGCAGCUACUCGCUCUCCAUCUACCCUUCCAUUGAACUACAAGAGAAUCAGCAGAGCUCCACGCCAUUCUUCUUUACCAUGAUUGUGGGGCUCAUCUUUGUUGUCACCUUCUUCUUCUUUCUGGGCUACUUGAAGCUUGCCGAACACCGUACCAAAAAGGUCGAAAAAGUAGCCAAAGCCAGUGACAAGAUCAUCUCGUCUUUAUUCCCACAGAAUGUCAAGAACGUUCUCAUGAACGAUGCGCAACAGGACGAGGCACAAACCAGAAGCAUGAACACGACAAGCCAUGGAGGGGGUGGUCUAUCGUCGCAGGUCCAAGAGUUCUUGUCCAACGAUGAAGAAUCGGCAUUUAUGAGUGGUUCCAUGGGCACAAGCUCCAUGGCAGCUUCUUCAUCUCGCAUGCCAAAUCCCUACCAGCAAUACAAGACCAAGCCCAUUGCAAACCUCUUCGAAGAAACCACCAUUUUCUUUGCUGACAUUUCAGGUUUCACUGCCUGGAGCGCUACUCGCAGUCCUACAGAAGUGUUUGAAUUGCUUGAAUCGAUCUACGGAUGCUUUGAUAAACUUGCGAAGAAAAGGCAUGUGUACAAAGUCGAAACGAUUGGUGACUGCUACGUAGCCGUGACUGGCCUUCCCAAACCCAACAAACGACACGCUUUGGAGAUGACUCGCUUUGCUCAGGACUGCCUCAAUCACAUCUCCAAAGUCACGAAAUCUCUGGAGGAGUCACUUGGAAAAGAUACAUCUGAUCUCACAAUGCGGAUUGGGCUGCACAGUGGACCCGUGACUGCUGGUGUAUUGAGGGGGGAGCGCUCUCGUUUUCAGCUCUUUGGCGAUACAGUAAACACUGCAGCCCGCAUGGAAUCAAAUGGCAAGCCCAACUGUAUUCAUGUUUCCGAAGCCACAGCCGAACUGCUGCGCACUCAUGGUCGAGGCGCUUGGCUGCGAAAAAGAGAAGAUUUGGUUGAAGCCAAAGGCAAAGGACUGAUGCAGACUUACUUUGUCGUUGCGAGGGCAGGUGCUGCAUCUGGCACUGGUACUGACAUUAGUUCCCAGAGCGGCGAAACGUAUCCAUCUAGAGACAUGAAUGCCACGUUUCAUUCCGGGGAAAGUGUCGAACGCGACAGAAUCGAGCCUCCUUCAUUGCUUCACACAACCGUGACGAAGGAGGUUAAAUCGUCACCGAUUGAGAGUUUUGGUGACGAAAUCGAAGACGACAGCACCACGGACGAAGUUAGCUUUGGGGCGGGGAGCCAAUAG